CUGUGAAGCGCUGCCAGCGUUUAAGGAAACUGAGGUUUUCUAUAAAGAGCAGUUCUGUUGCAGUUUCGUUUAGUUCCAGGCAGAAUGCGGGCUGGGAAACUCUACAUUGUGAUGUUGCUGACCACAGUGACGUGCUUUGGACAGGAAACAGCUGAUGGCAUUAAUGGGAAUCAAGAUAAGGAACAUCGGGAGCUGCCCCAGACUACACUCACUCUGGAGCCUCCAUUCCCAGAGAUAUUCACCGGGGAGACAGUCACUCUGAGGUGUGGUGUUGAGGGGGGUUCUGCUGGCUGGAAAUAUCUCUGGUACAAAGACAGUGAGGACACUCCAGUGCCCCAGACUGCUGACCGCAGUAUAACUGGUGACAGCUACACAAUCACUGCAGCUGCUGUAUCUGACCAGGGCCAGUACUACUGUCGAGGACAAAGAGGAGAUCAGCCACUCUACUCACAGCUCAGUGAUAAAGUAAUAUUAACUGUGUCUGAUGGACAAGUGAUCCUGCAGACUCCCUCCCAGCCUGUGUUUGAGGGAGACUCUCUGACUCUGAGGUGUCGUUUCCGGAGUUAUACAGCUACCACGGUUGCAUUUUAUAAAGAUAAUAAAGAGUUACAGUCCCAGGCUGGCACAGAGCUGAGUGUGGCUCGUGUUUCAAAGAGUGACGAGGGGUCCUACAAGUGCAGAGCGUGGAGCUCCCAUUACUCUGCAGAGGUGUGGGUGUCAGUGAGAGAGCUGCGCCAGACUACACUCACCCUGGAGCCUCCACUCCCAGAGAUAUUCACCGGGGAGACAGUCACUCUGAGGUGUGGGGUUGAGGGGGGUUCUGCUGGCUGGAAAUAUCUCUGGUACAAAGACAGUGAGGACACUCCAGUGCUCCAGACUGCUGGCCACAGUAUAACUGAUGACAGCUACACAAUCACUGCAGCUGCUGUAUCUGACCAGGGCCAGUACUGCUGUCGAGGACAAAGAGGAGAUCAGCCACUCUACUCACAGCUCAGUGAUAAAGUAAUAUUAACUGUGUCUGAUGGACAAGUGAUCCUGCAGACUCCCUCCCAGCCUGUGUUUGAGGGAGACUCUCUGACUCUGAGGUGUCGUUUCCGGAGUUAUACAGCUACCACGGUUGCAUUUUAUAAAGAUAAUAAAGAGUUACAGUCCCAGGCUGGCACAGAGCUGAGUGUGGCUCGUGUGUCAAAGAGUGACGAGGGGUCCUACAAGUGCAGAGCGUGGAGCUCCUCCCAUUACUCUGCAGAGGUGUGGGUGUCAGUGAGAGAGCUGCGCCAGACUACACUCACCCUGGAGCCUCCAUUCCCAGAGAUAUUCACCGGGGAGACAGUCACUCUGAGGUGUGGGGUUGAGGGGGGUCCUGCUGGCUGGAAAUAUCUCUGGUACAAAGACAGUGAGGACACUCCAGUGCUCCAGACUGCUGGACGCAGUAUAACUGGUGACAGCUACACAAUCACUGCAGCUGCUGUAUCUGACCAGGGCCAGUACUGGUGUCGAGGACAAAAAGGAGGUCAGCCACUCUACUCUCAGCGCAGCGAUCCUGUGAUAUUAAACAUAACUGAGCUGCCAAAGGCUGUGCUGACCAGCAGUCCUCAAUGGGGAGAGCUGUACACUGGAGAGACUGUCACCCUGAGCUGUGAGGUUCAGGGGCGUUUCACUGGCUGGCGAUAUCUCUGGUACAAGAAAAGUGAGGGAGGCACAGUGCAGCAGAUUGGAGACGCUAUUGAUGAGAGAUACACAAUCAGGCUUGCUGAUCAGUCCUAUAGUGGACAGUACUGGUGUGAGGCACAAGGAGGAGAUCGACCACAUUCCUCUCAGCACAGUAAUCCUGUUACACUGACUGUGUCUGAGCUGCCAAAGGCUGUGCUGACCAGCAGUCUUCAAUGGAGAAACCUGUAUACUGGAGAGACUGUCAUCCUGAGUUGUGGGGUUAAGGGGGGUUUCACUGACUGGGAAUAUCUCUGGUACAAGAGGAGUCAGGGAGACACAGUGCAGAUCAGAGACACCACUGGAGCCAGAUACACACUCAGCUCUGUCACUCAGUCCCAUAGUGGACAGUACCAGUGUGAGGCACAAAGAGGAGAUCCACCACGUUCCUUUCAGCGCAGUGAUCCUUUUACACUGACUGUGUCUGAGCUGCCAAAGGCUGUGCUGACCAGCAGUCCUCAAUGGGAAGAGCUGUACACUGGAGAGACUGUCACCCUGAGCUGUGGGGUUAAGGGGCGUUUCACUGGCUGGGAAUAUCUCUGGUACAAGAGCAGUCAGGGAGACACAGUGCAGAUCAGAGACACCACUGGAGCCAGAUACACACUCAGCUCUGUCACUCAGUCCCAUAGUGGACAGUACCAGUGUGAGGCACAAAGAGGAGAUCCACCACGUUCCUCUCAGCGCAGUGAUCCUUUUACACUGACUGUGUCUGAGCUGCCAAAGGCUGUGCUGACCAGCAGUCCUCAAUGGAGAAACCUGUACACUGGAGAGACUGUCACCCUGAGCUGUGGGGUUGAGGGGCGUUUCACUGGCUGGAAAUAUCUCUGGUACAAGAGGAGUCAGGGAGACACAGUGCAGAUCAGAGACACCACUGGAGCCAGAUACACACUCAGCCCUGUCACUCAGUCCCAUAGUGGGCAGUACCUGUGUGAGGCACAAAGAGGAGAUCGACCACGUUCCUCUCAGCGCAGUGAUCCUGUUACACUGACUGUGUCUGAUCAAUGGGUGAUCCUGCAGACUCCCCUCCAGCCUGUGACUGAGGGAGACUCUCUGACUCUAAGGUGUCGUGUACGCACAAAUUAUACAUUAUCUAGGAUUGUCUUUUUUAAAGAUAAUGAAGAGAUUCAGUCCCAGAAUAACACAGAGCUGAGUGUGGAUCGUGUUUCAAAGAGUGACGAGGGGUCCUACAAGUGCAGAGCGAUGUGGAACUCCUCAACUUACUCUGGUGACUCUGCAGAGGUGCGGGUGUCAGUGAGAGAGCUGUUCUCCAGGGUGACUCUGACAGCCUCUCCAGGAGCCACAGUGAAGGAGGGAGAGGCUCUUAACCUGACCUGUGAGGCAGCAGUGAACAAAACCCCCCGCCCUCAACUCCACUACACCAUUGUGAGAGACGGGGAGCCUGUGACUAACAGCACUGACUCUGCACUGUACAGCAUAGCCAGCACUGUGAAGAGCCACACUGGGAGCUACACGUGUGCUGUGGAGUCACAGGGAGUGAAGAAGAGCAGCCAGGAGCUACACAUUGAAGUGCAAACGUCCUGGCACAGCGCUGUUGCUAUUGGCUACAGAGUGAGCUUCACUCUGAUUCAUUUCAUUGUGUUCACUCUGCUGCUCCUUCAAUACUGCAGGAUCCAAGGUUCCCUGUGUAUUGCUGGUGGUACAUCACGGUAAGACAGUAUUGACCAGUAUGUGUCCAGACAGGGGGCAGCACUAGCUAUCUCUACCUGUCAUCAUCCUUUACAGCACUGAAAAUGGAGAUGGAAACUUUCUGAUUCACUCUUUAAGAAUCCCUCUUGCAAACUCACCUUCACUUUGACCUGUGUCCUGAAAUGCUGUAUUGGGUUAAUUUGGCUUUUUUGGUUUCCAGAUGAUAAAGAUUCAUAAUCAUUAUUCUUUGAUUCAAGUUCAAUCCAGGGUAUUUAAAAAAAUAACCCUUUCAUCAGUAAUGUCACAAAGCUGCUGCCUCCACAGAGUGUCUUUACAGUUGAUACACAGCUGCUCCUUACCCUGAAAUGCACUCUGUGAUUUCAAUGGGACUUGAUUACUCUGAAGCCUAGAAGUGUCAUCAUCCUUUAAAGCUUCUGUUAUUGCUGCAGUUAAACUCUGAGCCCUCCUUGUGUGUCUCUGACAUCUGUCUCAGGAAAACCUCGGAUCAGGAUCAGGAGCAGUCAGCAGAGGGGAUUGAGCUCUGCAGCCGUGUGCAGCACACUGGAGUGGAACUGCAAUAAUAGUAACUGCAAUAGUAUCGUACUGAAGAUCAGCCUGACUGCCGUGUUUUAGAACUACUGUGAAUAUCUGUUCAAACUGCGGCUGUAGUUUACAGAAAAUGACCAUUGACUGGGGUAUUUUCUAAGACCUCAAAACAAAUGGAUUAUUCAUUGAUUGUUUGAUUUAAUUAAUUUAUUUAAUAGAUUGCUUGAUUGCACAGUGUAACUUUAAAUGCAUUACUGAACAAUGUAUGUAUUCAUAAGCUAUCCUUUAGUCAAUAAACUG